ACUCUAACUUAUUGCACUAGUUCACUAGUGUAGCAACAGAAAACAAGCCUCUAGUUUCAAGAAGUGUGUAGUCAAUCAACCUGCAGCUAUUCCAUAAAAGCUGCAAGUUGAUUGACUACACAUUUCUCGAAACUAGAACUUGGACCAAGUUCUAGCAUCGUGGACACAGGCCUUUAGAGCUGACUUUUCAUGGGCAGCAAACAGUAGCAUUUUAAUAAAUUAUUAUUUUAGUAAUUUACUAAGAUUUAUUAGUUAAUUGAUGAGUCGUGCUUACCCAAGUUGAAUAUAGCGCGUGCUGACACGCUCAGUUAGGCAAUAGCGUGCGCCAAUGACGGCAGCCCGCGUUUAAUCUCCUCGACCAAUCGAGCGAACGAAAAAUAGCAAAUUUAUCUUGAAAAUAAAUUGUUACUUGUUCUUGUUGCAAUUUCCCGUUAGCCGAAGUUUCUAGAAGCAUUCUAGGUAUAAAGGCAGGCUGAAAAACUCCACGACUGGCCACUCCGAUAUCUUCUGAGAGAGAAAAGUACGCGCGCGGUUUUUCGAGUCAUUGGGCAAUUCUUUAUGUGUUAUACCGUAUAAUUUGUGUCUUUUUCGUGCGUGGAAUGUGAAUCUGAAACUUAAGUAAAGAGUGAACUCUUUUGUUACAUUGACACUUUUAUUUCACACCGAGUCACGUUCUGCUUAAUCCCGAUACCAUCAGAAAGAACAAUUAAUUACUGGGAGAUUUAUAAAGAUGUGUGAACGAACAACAGCAACCGUCAGAAAAAAACUCCAUUAUCACGAUGCUAUUCGUGAAUUCAGAAUACAAGAUAAUAUUUUAACAGGAAAAGAAGUACCAAUAAAUAAAGAACCUAUUAAUAUAUCCGAGGUACUACUUAAGACGUUAAAGAGCAAACCGAACUGCAUCGGCCAGAUAGAUACAUGUUCGGGCAAACAAGACACUUAUGCCGACAUGAGUGAGCGUAGUAUUAAAUGCGCCCUUUGGUUACAGAAGCAAGGCAUAAAACCUGGCGAUAUAAUCGGUCUUUGCUGUGAUAAUGACAUGGACGGAAUAACAAUUAUAUUGGGCACUAUGUACAUAAGCGCCAUAUCCAAUCCUUGGGAAUAUGAAUUGUCUCCAAUGACAGCACGAUACUUUCUUUCAUUAACAUCACCGAAAAUAAUUUUUGCGAUACCAUCAGCGGUUCCGUGCUUAGAAGAAGCAGUGAAAGAGUUAAAAAUAAAUUUGAAAAUAGUGGUAUUCCAUAAAUUAAAUGGAUACGAAUGCGUAGAAGAUAUCUUGAGAGGACACGAUAUUUGCGAGAUCACCGAAUUUAAAUGCACGAAGAUCAGCAGCCCGAGCGAUGUUGCUCUUAUCGCUCUCUCAUCAGGUACAACGGGCAUGCCAAAGGGUACCGAGAUAUCGCACUCGUCCUUAUAUAAUUGCCUACAUUCCGCAAAAGUCACGGAAUUAGAAGGUCAUACUUGUCUAUGGACACCCACGUUCCGCUGGCACUAUGGCGUCCAACUCGCAUUCCAUGCAAUCUUAGCAUAUGCGACGAAAAUUCUUUUACCUUGUAGUCUAGUACACAAUGAUGAUGACGAAACAAUGUGCAAAUUAAUCGAGAAAUAUCAAGUAACGUGGUUGUGUACCGACCCAGGCAUACUAACCCGACUCUCUAAGAGCGAUCUACUGGAGAACUAUCCAUUGUUGACCUUAAAGGAAGUGAUGAAUACCGGUGCUCACUUCAAAAAGAAACAUCAUCUAGCCUUGGCAAAGAAAUUACCUCAUGCUUUUGUUACGAAUACCUACGGAGCCACAGACUCAGGAGGCGAUAUAACCGUUGGGGUCAGAAACUGCAAAGCAGGAUCUGCUGGUUUUGUAGCACCAAACGUCCAACUAAAAGUCUUUGACGUAGAAACUGGGAAAGCAUUGGAAGCUAAUCAAAAUGGAGAACUGCGGUGUAAAUUGCCUUGCGUAAUGAAUGGUUAUUAUAAGAGACCUGAAGAAACUAAACGAGCUUUUGAUUCUGAUGGUUGGUUAUGCACUGGUGACAUAGGAUAUUAUGAUGAUGACGGGAAUGUUUUUAUCGUCGAUAGAAUAUCCGAGUUCCUUAUUAUUCAUAGCCUUAAUAUUUCAACCGCAGAAAUCGAGUAUGUUUUAGAAUUUCAUCCAGCAAUAUCCCAAGUAGCGGUAAUAGGAAUACCUCACGAAAUUGCGGGUGAAUAUCCAAUGGCUGUCGUUUCCUGUAUACCGGGUAAAACGGCAACGGAGGAGGAGCUCCACGACUUAGUAGCGAAAAAUCUGCCGGCACACUGCAAGCUUCAAGAAAUUAAAUUCCUCGACAAACUCCCGCGUACAGCUACAGGCAAAAUUGCGAAAAAGCAACUGCGAGAUAUGUUCAAAGUAAUAAAAGACCUAAUCACUCCGAUUUUACUUCAUAUUGCGUACGACUGUGAUUCGGCGAUUACUAAAGUAGGCACAAAGAAGGAACAAUUAAUUAUUACGAGAUUUAUAAAGAUGUGCGAACGAACGAUAGCAACUGUCAGCAAGAAACUCCAUUAUCACGAUGCUAUUCGUGAAUUCAGAAUACAAGAUAAUAUUUUAAUAGGACAAGAAGUACCAAUAAAUAAAGAACCUAUUAAUAUAUCCGAGGUACUACUUAAGACGUUAAAGAGCAAACCGAACUGCAUCGGCCAGAUAGAUGCAUUUUCGGGCAAACAAGACACUUAUGCCGACAUGAGUGAGCGUAGUAUUAAAUGCGCCCUUUGGUUAAAGAAGCAAGGCAUAAAGCCUGGCGAUAUAAUCGGUCUUUGCUGUGAUAAUGAAAUGGAUGGAAUCACAAUUUUGUUAGGCACUCUGUACAUAAGUGCUAUAUCCAAUCCUUGGGACUACGAUUUGUCUCCAAUGACAGCACGAUACUUUCUCUCAUUAACAUCACCGAAAAUAGUUUUUGCGAUGCCAUCAGCGGUUCCGAGCUUAGAAGAAGCAGUGAAAGAGUUAAAAAUAAAUUUGAAAAUAGUGGUAUUCCGUAAAUUAAGUGGAUACGAAUCCGUAGAAGAUAUCUUGAGAGGACAAGAUACUUGCGAGAUCACCGAAUUUAAAUGCACGAAGAUCAGCAGCCCGAGCGAUGUUGCUCUUAUCGCUCUCUCAUCAGGUACAACGGGCAUGCCAAAGGGCACAGAGAUAUCGCACUCGUCCUUAUAUAAUUGCCUACUUCCCGUGAAAGUCACGGAAUUAGAGGGUCAUACUUGUCUGUGGUCACCCACGUUGCGCUGGCACUAUGGCGUCCAACUCGCAUUCCAUGCAAUCUUAGCAUAUGCGACGAAAAUUCUUUCACCUUGUAGUGUGAUAAUUAAUAAUGAUGACGAAACAAUGUGCAAAUUUAUCGAAAAAUAUCAAGUAACGUGGUUUUGUACCGAACCAGGCAUGCUAACCCGAUUCUCUAAGAGCGAUCUACUGGAGAAAUAUCCAUUGUUGACUUUAAAGGAAGUGAUGAAUACCGGUGCUCACUUCAAAAAGGAACAUCAUCUAGCCUUGGCAAAGAAAUUACCUCAUGCUUUUAUUACGAAUGCCUAUGGAUCUACAGACUCAGGAGGUGAUAUAACCGUUGUGGUCAGAGACUGCAAAGUAGGAUCUGUUGGUUUUGUAGCACCGAACGUCCAAAUAAAAGUCGUAGACGUAGAAACUGGGAAAGUAUUGGGAGCCAAUCAAAAUGGAGAGCUGCGGUGCAAAUCGCCUUGCGUAAUGAAUGGUUAUUAUAAGAGACCUGAAGAAACUAAACAAGCUUUUGAUUCUGAUGGCUGGCUAUGCACUGGUGACAUAGGAUAUUAUGAUGAUGACGGGAAUGUUUUUAUCGUCGAUAGAAUAUCAGAGUUCCUCCUUUUUUAUGGCAUUAAUAUUUCAACCGCAGAAAUUGAGUAUGUUUUAGAGUUUCAUCCAGCACUAUCCCAAGUAGCGGUAAUAGGAAUACCUCACGAAACUGCGGGUGAAUAUCCAAUGGCUGUCGUUUCCUGUAUACCGGGUAAAACGGCAACGGAGGAGGAGCUCAACGACUUAGUGGCAAAAAAUCUGCCGGCAUACUGCGAGCUUAAAGGUGGAAUUAAGUUCCUCGAUAAACUUCCGCGUACAGCUACAGGCAAAAUUGCGAAAAAGCAACUGCGAAAUAUGUUCGCAAAUUAAAACGUGUAUGUACACAGUGGCUCUUUUUUAUGUAUUUGGAAUACGAGCCUUUAAGUUUUAGAAAAAAAUAUUUAACAAAAAGCUUAGCUCUUAAGGGGACAUAAGCUAGUGACUCUUCAGAGUGUGGCGACAAUGAGGUAUUCAUGCCACCAAUGUGUAAAAAAUAUUUCUUGUUAGAUUUACGUGGUGAUUUUUAAGGUUUUUGAGAUCACUUAAUCCAAAUAUAUCAGAAUUUCGAAAUUCAAAUAGCGGUUUUUUUUUAUGUAAGUAAUAAUCUCCUAGAUUUGAUCUUGCUAGUACUGACAUAAAUAUCAUGCAUCUAAUUGUAGGUGUUAAAAAGAAAAGGAAAUAAUCUUUGUAUA